GAUGCUGGUUAUCUCCCAGAGCUGGUACUGAUAAAUGAUGUACAACAUGAAUGAAUGCUGAGACACAGCCAAGCAGAGAAAAGGGUAUCUAGGAGGAAUUCCUUCACAGAAAGAGGCAACUCAUUAAAUGAAGAGAGCAGAUCUACUCUGCUCUGUUGGAGGUAUUUUUUACCUUUCUCUGUCUUCAAGAUAAUGUUGGAGAAACCUGAAACCACAUAAGGAUUUGAUCAGGCUAUUGAUAAGGAUAGUUCAGAAGAAGAAAUUAAGAUUUAUUGAAAGAAGGCUUCAGCAUGAAUUUUUCUGCAUUUCUACGUCUCAUGGUGAUAUUGGUUCAACUUUGGCCUUGCUCUCUCAGCCUGCAAAACUCCAGCGCUCAAAACACAGUUCAGUCUUUCAAAGCAGUUCGAAGAGUGAAACGUGGCUGGCUGUGGGAGCCUCUUUUUGUGACUGAGGAACAGAAUUCACUGGAUCCUCUGUACAUUGGACAGCUGAAAUCGGAUUUAGACAAGCAGGAUGGCAACUUAAAAUACAUUUUGACUGGGGAGGGAGCUGGAAACAUUUUUUACAUCAAUGAAUAUAAUGGCAAAAUUUAUGUAACACAAAAGCUGGAUCGAGAAAAGAAACCUUUCUACACUCUAAGAGCACAAGCAAUUAACAGGAGCACUCAGCUUCCUGUUGAACCUGAAUCAGAAUUUAUCAUCAAGGUUCGAGAUGUCAAUGACAACGCACCACAGUUCUUGAAUGGUCCUUAUGUGGCCAGUGUUCCAGAGAUGUCACCUGAAGGUCUGCUAAUAAACUUCUUUAUAUUCUUUCAAGUUUGGUGCCUGCUUUGCUUUUCUCCUAAUUCUUAUCUCACAGAAGGUACUUCGGUUACACAGGUAACAGCUACAGAUGCUGAUGAUCCUUCUUAUGGGAAUAGUGCUCGUCUGCUUUACAGUCUCGUUCAGGGACAGCCUUAUUUCUCUGUGGAGCCAAAGACAGGGGUCAUAAGAAUGGCUUCUCAAAUGGAUAGAGAAACAAAAGAUCAGUAUUUAGUCAUCAUCCAAGCCAAAGAUAUGGUUGGGCAACCAGGAGCAUUUUCUGCAACAGCCACUGUUACCAUCAACCUCUCUGACAUCAAUGACAAUCCACCUAAAUUUCAACAGCGACUCUACUACAUGAGUGUCUCUGAAGAGGCUCCCGUGGGCACCACCGUAGGCAAAGUCUUUGCAGAAGACAGCGACAUAGGGGACAAUGCAGCCAUGGACUAUUUCAUUGAAGGAGAUAACUCAGAUGUUUUUGACAUCAUUACUAACAAUGAGACUCAAGAAGGAAUUAUCUUACUAAAAAAGAGAGUGGAUUAUGAGAGCAAAAGGAGAUACAGUAUUCAAGCAAAAGCUGUAAACAGAUACAUUGAUGAGCAAUUUUUGAAAGAAGGACCAUUCGAAGAUACAACCAUUGUCAAAAUCAAUGUGGAAGAUGCUGAUGAGCCUCCAGUUUUCACCUCGGAGAACUAUGUGAUGGAGACUGCUGAAGGAGCGAUGAGUGGCUCACUGGUGGGGGUUGUAACUGCUAGAGAUCCAGAUUAUGAUGACAGUCCAGUCAGGUACUCUAUUGUCCACAGCACGCAUUUAAAGAGACUGUUCAGCAUCAAUGAACACAAUGGAACAAUCAUUACCACUGAACCUCUGGACCGAGAGAUAGCUUCUUGGCACAACAUAACUGUUACAGCCACAGAAACAAGAAAUCCUGAAAAAAUUUCAGAAGCAAAUGUGUAUGUCCAAGUUCUUGAUGUUAAUGAUAAUGCACCAGAAUUCCCUAAAAAUUAUGAAACAUUUGUUUGUGAAAAUGCAGUUUCUGGACAGCUAAUUCAAAGCAUCAGUGCAGUGGAUCGAGAUGACUCAGCAGAAGGUCACCAUUUUUAUUUCUCAAUGGCUCAGGAGGCCACAAACAGCUCACAUUUUACUGUCAAAGACAAUCAAGAUAACACAGCUGGAAUUUUCACAGGAAAAAGUGGCUUCAGGAGGAAGGAGCAGUUUUUCUUCUACUUGCCAAUCUUAAUUCAGGAUAAUGGAACCCCACCGCUGACAAGCACAAAUACUCUCACUGUCACUGUCUGCGACUGUGACACUGAAGUUAACACCUUCUACUGUCGAUAUGAAGCUUUCAUGUAUUCCUUGGGUCUCAGCACAGAGGCUUUAGUUGCUGUUUUGGCUUGCAUAUUAAUAUUCCUAGUGUUCUUUUUGGCAAUCGUAACCAUAAGGCAGCAGAAGAAGAAGAAGCCUCCCUUUUCAGAGAAGAUGGAAGAAUUCAGAGAGAAUAUUGUCAGUUAUGAUGAUGAAGGAGGGGGUGAGGAGGACACAGAAGCCUUUGAUAUUUCAGCACUGAGGACACGCACUGUCAUGCGAACACACAAACCUCGGAAGAAGGUGGCCUCUGAAAUCCAGAGCCUCUACAGACAGUCUCUACAGGUUGGCCCAGACAGCGCAAUCUUCAGGCAAUUCAUUUCAGAAAAGCUCGAAGAAGCAAAUACAGAUCCUAGAGUUCCUCCCUAUGACUCACUUCAGACCUAUGCAUUUGAGGGGACUGGCUCCUUGGCAGGAUCCCUCAGCUCGUUGGGUUCAAAUACUUCAGACAUGGAUCAGAGCUAUGACUACCUUGCAGACUGGGGACCUCACUUUAAACAGCUUGCAGGCAUGUACACUUCCCAUAGAAGUGUGGCGGAUUAGGCACUCUUUGGUUUGUUCUUAUAUUUUCCUAAGUCUCAGCAACCAAACGUAACAGUGGAUUUUUAAAAAAGAGAUCAUUCUGCAUUUAAACAUGAAAAAUAAGAGCCGAAGGGUUUUAAUAUGAAAAGUCUUGUAUGUGGAAAUCUCUUGAAAAAUCACACCAGGGGUGUUACGACAUGGAGAGGUGGAGGUUAUCGUUUGGAAACCUUGUGGUUAUCUAGGUGCUUGAAUGCAAACUGUGCUGCUUUGGAUAUCUAGGUCCUCUUCUGGAUACUGAAAAUCUGCAUCUUGCAUGUACAAAAAGAGGAGUAGAAGCCAUAAAUGGAUGUUGUAAACAUUCUGUCAUCCAUUAGCUUUAAACGGUUUCCAAAGCUGACGGACUUUUGCUGUUGCAGUUGAAUACAUACAUUAACCAAAGUUAAACAUGCAUAUUUGUAUAAUGCUUCAUUAUAUAAAUAUAAUUGUGUGAAAAAGUAGACCCUAGAUAUUCUAAUAGCGUUGUCAGAAGUGCUCACAAAAUCAUCUAUUUAUUGUUCCUAGGAUGAUAAAACUAAAACAAAUGCCUUUUCCUAUCAGUAUAAAAAUAAAAACCCAUUACAACAUCAGCAAUUAUUUGCUGCCAUUUUAGUUUUUAAUGAAGCUAUUGGAAAAUGCGUAAACCAAUACUUAAUUUAGCAAAUAAGAUAGGAAAAAGAAUCAAUAUUUAACUUAAAUAGUGCAAUCAACCACAUUAUAUAUUACUGCACUUCGAACAAAAUGCUGUCCAAAUACAGGCAUUUUUCCUUUUAUUAGGAGUUUAAAGGAUGACUGAUUUACCAGCACAGAUUUAUUUUUUUAUUAUGGAAUAUAAAAUUAGCUGCAGUAGUCAGUUUUAUUAUAACAAUAUUAAGAAUCUUUAAAAUGCUAAACUGAUGGUUAUAAAACUUUAUAUAUGACAUUAGAUAAUAAGAUAAUAAAAUGCUUUAAAUGUUAAUCCACUUUGAAAAUGAUCCUGAAUCAUUCUGCAAGACUGAAGUAAGAUUUCAAAAUUAAUUUUUUCCAGCCAUUGUAUAACAAAGUUCUCUCAGAAUAUUUCUUUAUUUAUACCACUACCCAGCAGCAAUUUUGGAACGGAGGUCAUCAAAUGUUUUCAAAAUCGUCUGUCUGGAAAAAGCAACCCACCUGUAUUUUAUUCACCUCUCUUUCAUUGAGUGCUCAUUUUACAGAAAUUAUCAACUGAUUCAAUUGCCUAAAAGCUAGCAUCAGGAUAACCAAAUUAUGAAACAUAUUUCUUUCUGUUUUCCUUUUUUUUUCCUAAGUAAGAUUUUAGGUAAGUGCAACUGAAUUACAGAGUCAGGAAAGCUUAUGCAAGGAAGAAACAAACAAAUAAACCAGCCCCAAAAAACAAUCAAAAAAGGCAUGCAACAAACAAAUUCUGCAAUGUUUACUACAGUUGCUCAUCACUGAAGAAAACCAAGGUAUGCAGGCUAAGUGGAAAAAUGCCAGUGCAGAAUUCAAAUUCCUGUUACCUAAAAAUAAAGCAUGAAUGGUUUGAAAAUCAGGAGAGAUUUCCAGCGUGAGGUCUGUUAAGGACAGAAACACUAUUUAUUAUAUUCAUAGCUGGAAAAUUAUGGGUAGGGGGUACAGGGGUAGGGCCAUCCAACCAGGUGCAGAUGAAGCAGCAAGUGCUUCAUAAGAAAAAAAUUAUUCUUGACAGUCUCAUGAUAGGAUGCCAGUGUGAAUGAGCAGCUACAAAAGAGCUUUAAAAGAUGCACAAGUGAAAACACUGUAUUAAUGACUCUAACCUUUUACUCCAAUGGCUUUCAAACAGAUGUGACAAAAAUACUUUUAUUUGAGAUAAUAUAUUUCAUAUUAGUAAUUUGCUGCAUGGACAGGACUAAAAGAGAGAACAACUGCACACCACUGGUUGUUGACAAUAGUGAAAACUACAUGUUUAGGAUUAGGUCUGUAGAUUUAUAUGGGUUAUACCCUAAACAAAUCCUUAUUCCACAGAUGGUGCCAGUGGCUUUAAGAGAAUUCUUUGUGCUUUCAGGUUGUAUUUAGAACAAAAUGAUAACACUGUCUGAUCCUUUCUCAAUCAAGAGAUUUUGUCCAUUUAUGUGGGGAAAUAGGCUUGAACACUCAACUAUACUUUGUUUAUAAUUUUUUCUCUUUAAUGUGAGGUAUUUUAAUAAUAAAUAAUUUUUGUAAUUAGUGCAUACCACUAACAUGUAGUUUUUGUAAUCCGUGUAUGGCAUUGUCAGUAAUUUCUAUGUGAAAAAGAACAAUGGCCUGCAAUGGAUCUUAAAGGAUCUUUAGCUGAAAAAGCCUUAGAACUUACCUAGUAACCUCACACUCCCUUUAAGUUAGCUGAAAAAUGUGCAAAAAAAAAAAGGUUUUUAGUAUUGUCUUCUUAUUUGAAGGAAGUGAACAUUGUAAGUAAGAAAAAAUUUAUCAUAUAAGAGAUCGCAAUCAUGAGGAGCAUUAUAUUAAUAAAGGAUAAGGUAUAAGUCGGAGUUUCUGAUGAUGAAAUCUAUUAAAUUGUGGCAUGGUUUUCCCAGUAGAAUCCUCCAUUAUCUUUAUCUUUCAAAAUUUGAUAAGUAGCUAGAAUUCACUAUGUUAUUAGCUGAACUGAAUAGUGCAAGUCUGGUGACAGAUGAUAAAUAAAUAUUCGGCUGUUCAUGACCUUUCCAAGAGAAUAUAAGGAACAAUUAUUUGCUGGUCAAAGGAAGUAUGAUCACACACACUGCAUUUCUAUAUUAAUGCUUUGAAGAGCUGUUCCUGUAGAUGUUUUUUUCUGUAACGUGGUAAAGAGAGAGGUUAAGAACUGGUGAAAUACCAGACAAAAGAUUGGCUUUCUGUUUCAGUCUCACUCAUAUGGAUUCAGAAUGUUGUGGGUUUGGUUUUAUUAUGUAAAAGCCAAGGUAUUUAAGACCAUGUGUAUAUAAUAAAUGUUUAACAUUCAGAUGUCUGAAGUUAAAAAAAAUUACAAAUCACUCAAGAGCAUAUUGCAGCUUCAUACUCACUGCUGUGAGUUGAACAGUAUAUCUUGUUUAUCAGUUAAGCCAAAAUAAAAAGUUUCAAUUUUGUUUUCACUUUUUA